AAAAAUCACAUGACAACAACAUGGCGGCGUUACAAACCCAAUAUGCCAUGAACUCAUGAUGAAGUUUGAAUAACGUGACAGGACUGAUAUGAACACAAUAUCUUAACAGGUAUUUUAAUUAGGUACCGGUAUAUAUACUCAUUCAUUGAAUCAAGAAAAUGUAACAAAAUUAACUUAAAAUAUACGAAGCCUAGCUGACACCAAAUUGAAGUUCUGCUCCUUCUUGGAAUAUUAGUGUUGUUAUUCAAACCAGAAAAAUUAAAAGAAAUUAUUUGGAGAAUGGGACUACCUUUGACCCAGAGACUUGGGUACAGUAUAGGCCAUGUCCUGAAUGACCUGACAGCCUCAGUAUGGUUCAGUUAUCUCAUUGUGUAUUUCCAUCAAGUGAUGAACUUUAAUAACAAUUUGGCGGGAUAUUUGAUGCUGAUAGGGCAAGUGAGUGAUGCGAUGUUUACACCAUUUAUCGGGUAUGAGUCGGACAGAACUAGGGGAUUCUGUGGUCUAGGAAGGAGAAAAGCAUGGCAUCUUGUAGGCACAAUAUCCGUGGCUUGCAGUUACCCUUUCCUCUUCAAUGACUGCAUAGGUUAUCCAAACGCCCCUGAUUGGUCCAAAUUCAUCUACUUUGCUCCAUUUGUGGUCAUUUUCCAGUUUGGCUGGGCAGCCACCCAGAUUUCUCACUUGUCACUUAUACCUGAUCUCACCUCUGAUGAUAACGAGAGAGUAGAGCUCAAUGGAAUCAGGUAUGCCUUCACCGUCCUGUCCAAUCUGGUGGUGUUUGGAAUCUUCUGGUUGUUGUUUCUCCUCCACGGUGACCAUAGCGACAACAUGGAGAGCCAGCUGACCUCUGUGGAUGCUCUCAAGUUCAGGAACCUGGUGUUCAUCAUUGUUGGUAUGGGCAUUGUCUUCAGUAUAGCCUUCCAUUUAAUCGUUCGCGAACCAGUACAGCAUGACGAUGUAAGCACUGCAGAAAACGCCAUCUCAGACGGUUUCUCCACAACGAUAGAAAAAUCUACAGUUCUUCGAACCAGAAUGACAUGGAAAUGUUGGUUAAAAACAAAGCAGUUUUAUCAGAUUGCAGUAGUAUAUAUGUCUACUCGGUUGUUUGUAAAUGUAUCUCAGAUCUACCUCCCGUUGUAUGUAACGGAAACCCUGGAACUGCCCAAGGACUCUGUUGCCAUUUUUCCAUUGGUUGUGUAUGUUUCCGGCUUUGUGGCCUCAAUUGCAAUGAGACUGGUCAACUCUCGACUGGGACGAAAGGCCACAUAUGCCCUGGGGCUGGCGCUUGGUAUCGGGGCUUGUGCCUGGAUUUACUUUUUGAAUCACGACAAUGCCAAGCAAGUGUAUGGGGCGGUCAUUCUGCUUGGUCUGGGGGGAUCUACCAUGUUGGUGACCUCUUUAGCCAUGACCUCUGACCUUAUUGCCUGCAAUGUGGAAUCAGGAGCAUUUGUUUAUGGUGCCAUGAGUUUUACUGACAAACUCUCUAAUGGGGUCGCAGUUGUGUUAAUACAACACCUGCAUCCUUGUGUAGCAUGUUGUCCAAGCUGUAAAGAUUAUUACCGUCAGGUCCUGACCUUUGUCCCAGGGGGCGUGGCAGUUGUAGCGUUCAUUGCUCUUUUAUCUCUACUUCCAUACAAAAUAGGACUGCGACCUAACACAGGCAAUGCAUUGAAAACUGUAGUUGAUAGAAUAAAGGCAGACAACUCUUGCCCUGCUGACGAAACCAGUCCUCUCCUUGGGGAACAUAGACCACAAAGUGCUACAAUACAGACUUGAGUGUUAGAUUGAUAAGAACAAUGUUUCAGUAAUUGUCUCAUUUGUAUUAUGUAAAGAACAUACAGUGUACAUUAUUUUAAUAUCCAAGUACAUUCAUAGGCAUGAAAUUCAAAUUUUAACUUGAUGGGUAAAUAUUCUAUAUUUGAAUACAAUGUACACGAUUUAUAAUUAAAAAAAGAUUCUGUUCAAACCAAUCAGAUCUCAAUUUCAGGAUAAUAAAUUGAUAUUGUGGUUUUGGACACUAUACAAUUAUUUUAUUAUAGUUCAUCAUACUGUUUGCAAUUAUUGAACAAUUUAUUUUUCUUUCAUGUUCAUAUUUUCAUUUAAUUGGUACAACGUGUAAUGUUAUACAUAUAUUUUUAUUCAUUUAAUUCCCGUAAUAAAUAAAUGUGAAAAAGGACUCUUUUUAUGAGCAUGCACUUUUUAAAAACAUUUUUAAGAUGUAGACAAAUUUUAUAAACUUUUAUUAUGUAUGCCAAACAUUUUCAUUUACUAUAGUUGUAUUGUUAAAUAUUUAUUUAUUUCCAUUAAAGACUGUUGAUAAUAUUAUAUUGUAGGCAAUCAUAAUUAUGAUGAAUAUGCAUUACGAUGUAUACAUGGCAUAAUGAAUAUGUAUUGUGAUGUUCUUCCAGCGUCUAGUCAUUGUUGGCGAUUGAUUCAUGUCUUACCAUUGUAAUGUCUAAAUUGAGUGUUAUAUAAAACUCAAAUAGCAUUCUGUCUGUUGAAUUAGUGUUAUAUACUCAUAUUGCAUUCUGUCUGUUGAUGUAGCAUUAUAUACUCAUAUUGCAUCCGUCUGCUGAUAUAUUUUACACAAGAAAAUAAUUUGGAAGUGGGUGGGGGUGGAUUGCCAAGGUCAAUGCUUCUACCUGUACUGUGAUAUUUCUUGGAUAUAUGUUGGAAAUUUCUAAUGUUAAUAGUCUAAUGAAUUGUUAAUAGAUUACCAGCAUCCCUCCUUAAAAUCAAAAUGUACAACGAAACAUAAAAACUGAAAAUGUUUAGAGUAAAGUUAUUAUUGUCAUUUCCUUACUAGUUCAUUUCUCUUAUAUCGAAAGAUGCAUUUUUAAAUUGAAUUAGACAAGUCCUCAAUUUAUACGAGUCCAUUGUCUUUCAUCUGUUUAUAUAAUUUGAUAUGCUGUGAUACAAGAAUGCAGAGAUAUAUAUGUUUUAAUAAAAACAUUAACUACAUG